AUGAGGAGUCUCCUGUGGUUUGGUGCCCUCGUGGCUGUUGCGCUCGGCACCGAGACCUUUGUGGGGUACGUAGACACAAGCUCGGGGGGUCCGUGUCGUGAUUUACCUAGCUCCACUUUCCAUCUCCAGGUAGCAGAAAGAGAGACAGACACAGACAGACAGACAGAUAGAUAGAUAGAUAGAUAGAUAGAUAGAAUAGUCCAGGGAAAUGGAAAUGCUUGACUUGUGUUUUUUUUGUGUGUGUGUUUUUUGGGGUUUUUUUUUUUACUUGAACCAAGCUGCAGCUAGUUCUGCAUUUUAUUUUAUAGGUUUUGUUUUCCACAUUUCAUUUCAUUUUUUGUUUAUUUUUUAUACUGUAUUUUUCGCUCCAUAAGACACACCUGGCCAUAAGACACACCUGACCUUUCGUAAGUAAUAACUGAAGGAGCAGCUGUGUUGGAGGCAUUUAUUUGAUAUCUUGUGCUCUACGCCGGGAAGAUUUUCUGUUUCGUAGCUUGAUGUGAAAUUCUUUUUGCAUCUACUGAAGAAAACAGCAUUACAGCGGAACCUAGUGACGGAACACAAGUAUUACAGCUCUAAUUUAGAUCAUCAACUAAACCAGGCAUGGCCAAAGUUGGCCCUCCAGAUGUUUUGGAACUACAGUUCCCAUCAUCCCUGACCACUGGUCCUGUUAGCUAGGGAUGAUGUAGUCCUAACACAUCUGGAGGGCCAACUUUGGCCAUGCUUGAACUAACGGAUGUAUAUUGGGCAUUGGGGAGGUGGGGCGUGGAGACACACAUUCCUCUGUCCCAUUCCACCAGUGCUGCCUGACUAGACAACCAGCAAGCACAGAAGCCCGUGGGGGAAAUUCAGCUAGCCAGCCACAGAAUGACAACCACGUUUAUCCUUCACGAAAGCCCAUCAUCAGGUGUGCUAUUUGACGGCAGCAAAGGCUCACAUAACUUGUCUCUGCAGUCACCAGGUGCUGAGGAUCUUUGCUGCAGAUGAAUUCCAAGUGGAGAAGGUGAAGGAGCUGGAAGCUCUUGAGCAUCUUCAGGUAAUGCCUUGGAGCAGAGAUGCAGGUGGGGUUGUUUAUCUCUGUUCGAUGUAACACCCCUUCAUGGACUGGUUGAAUGCAGGAUGUGCUGGACCCGGGGGUAGCCCAAGCCACAGGUUCAGGUCUGGUCCCGAAUCCAAGGGUUCCGCAAGGAGUCAGUCCGACAGGGCCAAGGCAGGACACGAGGCAGGAAACCAGGCAAGGACAGGCACAGGAUCACAGGCAGGUUCUGGCAAACAGCAACGUUGCUCCCGCAACCUGGGGCGGGAUCCAACAGCCUUUUAUCUCUGUCGGGGUAACGGCCGGUCCUGAUCCCCCGAUGACUCACCUCCCUGUCUCGCCCGAAGGCAAGUACUCCUCCUGCAAGUACUCAGGUCUCUCCUUCUCUCAGUCUCUGCAGCUUGGGAGACGUCGGUGGGUUACUAGACCCAGAGGCCGCCUCAGCCUCCCCUGACCAUACCAGUAGUGGAGCAGCUGUACGUGAUGGCCCAGCUAAAGGCAACGAGGUCAUCCCCGCAUCUGGAGCCAGGGCAGGCUCAGGCCCCUGACUCGGCCCAGCUGGUGCUUGUUGCAGGGGAACCUGUGCAGACUGGGGCUCUUCAGAAUCAGGCCCCAGACCUGGUUCAGAUGCCGCCUGUGGCAAAGGAUCCGGUGCGGACUGAGACUCCUCUGGCUCCGAGUCUGAGCCCAAGUCCCAGGCCAUCACAGAGGGGAGCGGUGGGAGACAUCAGUUGGGGAACCCCAAGCGAAGAAGGCUCAGAGCCUGGGGAGUGGUGGUGGGACGACCAUGAGUGGUCAGGGAGAGAAGAGGGAGAAGACUGGGAGGAGGAGGUGUCAGAAGCUGAAGAGGCAACAGGGCUUAGUGAGCUGGGAGAGGCUGUGGCAGACAGCAGUCCAGAAUCAGAGGUAGAAUCAGAGGCUGGAGAGGAGGAGGGCUGAGAGGCAGAGAUGAGUCAGGCUGGUGAAGAAGACAGGGAGUCUCCGCUCCUGCUGCGACUAGCUCCCCUACCUCUGGUCUCCCAGAACCAGGAGAGGGAUGAAGUAAGAGGAGCAAAGAGGAGCAAAUGCUGGCAUAGUCUCAAAUUGCUUGGGAACAACCUGGAAGAGAAGGAGACUUAGGCUAUGGUUACCAGAUUUUUUUCAUUGAAUCCGGGGACACUUUUUUUCUUUUCUCUUUUUUAAGCUGAGUAGCAACAGGGAGCCAGUAGUGGGGACGGUGAGGCAAAAGACCCUGGGCCCAAGCACGCAUGCAUAUUGUAUAAAGGUGCAAAACCCUUCUUUCGCACCCUGUGAAACAUAAAUGUUUUUUAAAAAACUGGGCAACAGCACACUGCCCACCCGUGACUCCUGAGUCUCCUCCAGUCUCCUUCCCCCUUUGUUUUGACAGAUCGGGGGAGGCUCGGGAGUCGCGGGCGGGUGUCCGUUGCCCGAGGGGGGGGGGCACACGGUUUCUCUGCCAGGCAAGGUGCAAAGCCUUCUUUCACACCCUGUGAAACAGAAAUGUGCAGAGUUUUUAAAAAACUGGGCAACGGCUGGCCGCUCGAGACUCCCGAGCCUCCCCCGAACAGUCAAAACAAAGGGAGAAUGGGGCAGGAGAUCUGUACUGCUGGACGUCCCCAGUUCCCCUUCGGCAGUGGCAGCGGCAGUUAGCAGCCGGGAGCCAGCCUGGUAGCGCAGUUGGCUCUGGCUGGCUUCAGGAGCUGCUCGCUGCCGUGGCGCCUGCCAUUUUUCCUCUACAGAAGUCCCCAUAUGAUGUGUUGUGCACAAGACACAUCAUAUGGGGACUUCCGGUGAGGAAAAAUGGCGGGUGCCACGGCAGCGAGCAGCUCCUGAAGCCAGCCAGAGCCAACUGCGCUACCAGGCUGGCUCCGGGCUGCUGAGGCUGCCGCUACCACGUUUCCCGGGGACAGAUUUGCAAAUCCGGGGACGUCUGGUAACCCUAACCUAGGCAGCUGUGGGAAGGAGGGGACCUUCAGUCCCCACAACUGCCCCAUGGAGCAAGAUCUACUGGGAUGAGUUGCUGAGCUCACUAGGCCUGGCCUCCUGAGUAGACCUUGUGUUCAUGAAUGAAGACUUGUCUUCACUGAUGCCGUGUGAUUUAUUGCCUGGCUCCCUGCCCCUGACACCCACCCUGGGACUUUACAGCGAAUGGCAGCUGAAUGGAGGAGUGGGUGGAUAGACAGAGAGAUACCGUAUUGGCCCGAAUAUAAGCCGCACCCGCAAAUAAGCCACACCUUUGAAAUUCAAGGGGGGGUGUGGAAUAAAAAAAGACAAUACCCAAAUAUAAGCCGCUCCCUUAAAAUUGGGUUACAGGCUGAAAAUCGCUGCGGUUGGUAGAACUGUAACUCUGAGCCAAUUUAAGCCUUUGAUCUUGCAAGCCUGCAAAAGUUACCUUACAAUUGCUAAAAUUGCAAAUCGCUAUUCUAUUGCUAUAAUUCCGCAGGCACUCACACCGGCAAAUAGCAAAUGAACAGUCUCAAUCUCGCAAAUCGGCAAUAAAACAUUCUUUUGUUCCGUUUUACCGUAUGCCUGUUUCAGCAGCGAUAUUGUAAAAGCCAAUUUUUGUAAGGUGGCGAAUUUAAGCCGUACUUUAACUUUUCACUGUCGGAAUUUGGGGCGGGGGGGGGGAGGUAGAUAAGGGCUGUAACUCAGUGAGCAGAACAUCUGCUUGCAUGCAAAAGGUCCCAGAUUCAGUAGAAGGUCCCAGGUUCAGUACCAUCUCCACGAAGGGCUAGGAAUAUCCCGCCUGAAACCCUGGGCAGCUGCUGCCAGUCAGUGUCAGACAAUACUGACCUAGAUGGAACAAUGUCUGACUCAAUAUAAGGCAGCUCCCCAGGUUCCAAAGCCAGCAAGGCAAUUCUUACAUUAAUGCACCACAGGAGAGAUUGCAAAACACAAGGCCAUAGACAUAUAUUAAACUAAUACCUUUCUCCUCCAGCUGGAUUUCUGGCGCCACCCAGUUCACUCCGAGUUCCCCAUAGACGUGCGUGUCCCAUUCGAGAGCCUCCAAGGAGUCAAGGUGUUCCUGGAAUCCAAUGGCAUCCGUUAUUCCAUCAUGAUCCAGGACCUUCAGGUCAGUGACCUGCCCAGAUGACAAGGGAAACGGGUGCAGGUGCGUGUGGCCUGCAAAGCAAGGCCUGGCCCAGUUCUGUCCUUCAAGACCUCACUUCUACCACCGUCUAAUGGUAGGGUUGACCCUGCUGUAUAAACCUGUGUGUUGUCAGCCCUGAGACCUGACACCAGGGCCGGCUGCUGGUUCUUGAGGGACCUCAGGCAAGCCUCCCCUCAGAGGCACCUCUCCCUGACUGAGUCUACCUUCUCACCGCCACUAUCAUGCUGGAGACAAACCUCUUUAACCUAGGCUGUGUACACAGUACAAUGAAUCCUGAGUACAAUAGUUUAUCUAUCACCAGCAACCCUUAACAAACUAUGGUGCCUAGAAUUUUUUGAGGGGGGAAAUGUGUCUCAGGUGUGCUUUAAAAGUAUUAUGUGUAUGCUGUCCAAAUCAUUGAAACCUCAGAUAUAUGCUGUGCACACACUCCUGUUUCCACUGGGAGAGUUCAAAGGCUUUAUUCAUGCAAGAGCAGGAACUAUUUGAAGGUUAUAAGAGAGAACCACAAAAUGGCUCAGCUUUUAGGGGCAGAGUUAACUUAGAGAUUUCACAAGUAAGUGCUGGCUAGGUUGCUAGACAAGCCAUGGGCUUGUGUGGUUUAAAGUAACAUGUGCAUUAGCUACAAACUCAAGAAAAGGGAGUGUGCUUUUGUCCAACAACCCCCACUCCUCCCUGACUCUUCCCAUUGUCCCUUCCAGUCACUGGUGGAUGAGGAGAAGCUUUUCAUGUCCCGCCAACAUUUUAUGCCCCGGUCGAUUGAGACAUUUAACUAUGCUUCUUACCACAAUUUGGAUGAGGUGAGUGAAAUAAAUGCAUACUUGUUGUAACUGCAAAUAUCCCAUUUCAAUGUGAUUAUUUUAUAUGGGGAGCAAAAACAUGGGUUUAGGAGAGAGGGUAAAAAUAUUUUCCAGCUAAUGCUUUGAUAGCAGAAAUACCUAUCACUUUUUGUUGCUGCUUUAGGUACAUUUCUCUCCUGUUUAUUGCUUCCUGAACUUGUAUGUAAUCUUAUUGGAUGGGAUGGGAUGAUGUCAUGACUAUGCUAUAUCAGGGCUAGGCAACCUAAGGCCUGAGGGCCGGAUCCGGCCCAAUCCCCUUCUCAAUCCAGCCCGCAGACAGUCCUGGAAUCAGCGUGUUUUUACAUGAGUAGAAUGUGUCCUUUUAUUUCAAAUGCAUCUCUGGGUUAUUUGUGGGGCAUAGGAAUUUGUUCAUUCCCCCCCCCCCCCAAAAUAUAGUCUGGCCCACCACAUGGUCUGAGGGACGGUGGACCGGUCCACUGCUGAAAAAGGUUGCUGACCCCUGUGCUACUGUAUAUAGUCAAACAGGUUUGCCAAUGUGGGGACAAUACUGAGGGUUAACCAAGCCACUUGAGAGUGAGGGCAUUCUGGGCUCAUCACUUCACCAGUCCAAGCCAAUCAGAGACCACACAGUGAAUAGGAUGUGUAAAUAGCCAAUCAGGGGUGGUUACGUCGUGACAUCACCUUGGGCAAAGUCAACUGAGAGAGCAAGCGAGCGAGGGCAAUGGUAGUGGAUAGGUGGAAAUUUUUGCAAGUGUUAUCAAAAUGUCAUCAAACAAGGGGGAUGCUUUUCAAGCUGCGGAGGAUAGUCCAGAGGGAAAGAGUGCAGAACUGGCUCACCCACCUUGAACUCAUUGAAAGAUAGAAGUGGUAUAUAAAUGGUAGGUAAAGGUAAAGUCACCCCUGACCAUUAGGUCCAGUCGUGGCCGACUCUGGGGUUGCGGUGCUCAUCUCGCUUUAUUGGCCAAGGGAGCCGGCGUACAGCUUCCGGGUCAUGUGGCCAGCAUGACUAAGCCGCUUCUGGCGAACCAGAGCAGCGCACAGAAACGCCGUUUACUUUCCUGCCGAAGUGGUACCUAUUUAUCUACUUGCACUGGCGUGCUUUUGAACUGCUAGGUUGGCAGGAGCAGGGACCGAGCAACGGGAGCUCAGCCCGUCGCAGGGAUUCGAACCGCCGACCUUCUGAUCGACAAGUCCUAGGCUCUGUGGUUUAGACCACAGCGCCACCCGCGUCCCUAUAAAUGGUAUAUAAAUGUAAUAAAUAAGAAGAGAUAGCAGCUGUCAUCAUUGGGGUGUGUGUGUGUAGUAAUGGUCUCUCUACUCCAUGGCACAGGGUAUGUGCAAGUCAGGUGAUUUAGCCCACACCGCAAUUUAAUUGACUAACAUUGCCAUGUAGAACACAAUGUGUUAUGUACUGAGUUGAAUAGGAUCUAAAAGGCAGCAGUCUGAUUGGUCCUAGAACAAUAGGGUCCAGAAUGCAGCAGUCUGACUGGUCCACAGGAGCCACUCAAUCCAGCUCCAGGUGGAAGUGAACCCGCAACCUGAUUGGCCCACAGGUGAAUCCUGGAAUUAGCCAAUCAUGUGGGGCCCAUUGUGUAAAUAAUGUAUAUAAAUCAGACAUUCUGGGGGAACUUCGAUUCCUCCUCACCACUAUGAGCUGAAUAAAGAGCAUGAAAUCCACUCUUGACUCCGAGUAUAUUUCACAAUGGAAAAUAAAGCCCUCAUUUCAGGGACCCCUGGAGUCUUGACGGCUGCUUUCUUGAGGCAGAAUCUCAGAACACAGACUCUUACAGAGACACACACAGGCACACUUCACUCCAGCCCUCUCUCUUUCUUUCCACUAGAUCUACGAUUUCAUGGACCUCCUGGUGGGUGAAAACCCCAAACUGGUCAGUAAAAUCCAGAUUGGGAAGAGUUACGAGGGCCGACCAAUCAACAUCUUGAAGGUAAGUCACUUCUGGGGCAUUUGGACAAACAAACAUCAAUUUCCACUCCUGACCUUCCCACGCCAUGCAGGAGGUGGAACUCCCACAUCUCUAACACAUACGGAUAUAAUGUGUUAAUAUUUCGGCCUUUAAAUAUUGGGUCUCCAACAUGGCACCUGUGGGCACCCCGACUUCUUCAAAUACUUCCUUCUGGCAUUCAACAGGACCCUUGUCCCUCCUAAUUUUUAUGUUUUGAGAAAUUGUUUUUUUUUGGGAGGUUGGUUUUUGGGUGUGUCCCCCCCGUUGUUUCGAGAGUGUGUGUGUGUUUCAAGCACCACCGAUUCUCCUUCUGUGAAAUGGGCAUUUUGUGGCAUGCAUAACAUUUCCUUAGAUUUUUCAAAUGUGCCCCCAGGCUCCAAAGAACUUGCUUUAGGGAAUUAUGAGGUUUAACAAAGUGCUCAGAUUUAUAGGCCUGGAUGCUAAGAUGCCACUUUCAGUACGCAACAUUCCUGGGGAGCUUGCAGGCCCAUGGCUGUACGGUCGCUGCCCUUGGCUCCCUUAAUUCACACACCACCAGCCGAGCAGUUUCAUACUGUGAUAGGAAUUUUGAGGUCUUAGAUAUACGGAAAUGUUCAUAAAUGUUCAUAACCAAGCACGUAUAUAGAUCAGCACAGGAAGACCAACCCGGAACCAUUUUGAUUCCUAAACUGAGCAAAUGUUUUCUCUGCAAGGUCAAAGUGGGAAACCUCCCCAUUGUCUCUUUCCUCACAAAGCCUGUCUUAAGGGCUCAUUUAAGAUAUGAAUAGGGUGUGAGCUGUGACCUGGCCCAGGAACUAAGAAUUUAUCACUACAAAAGACUAGCCAGGCUCCCCAGGAAAUCCAAUCAAGUAACUUCAGAAAUUCAUAUAGACAUGUGAGCUCAGCUACUCAGUAGCCCCUCUGUCUGAGGGAUAAUCCCUGGCAUCCUGAUACCUGAGUGCCAGACAGGUAGCCAUUCCAGAAAUAACAAACCCAGAUGAAGACAAAAGGGUGUGAUUCACUUGGCUGGGAAAUAGGGAAAUGUAAAUAUCUCUUUUGUUACACUGGAUGGGUGUUUCGUGGAGGGCAAGGGGAACCAUGGGGCAGGGUCCAGGAUGCUCAGAUUCCUGCCACCAGACCUCCCCUUUCAUGAUGUAACCGUGAUGUAUGAGUGAUGUAGUUUUUUGGGGGGCGUAACAUGGGGAUUAGCAGCUAAUAAAAGUUUGGGUUCUCUUUUGUUCGGGGCUUCCAUCUUGUUCCACCUUGUGGCAGGUGGUAGUCCUGUCGCGACAGUCUUUAAUAAAGACCAAGCCUACUGGCUGCUGUUUUGCUCUGGUAUUCCUGGCUGGUGUCCUCAUUUUUUUGUCCAAGGGAGCCUUCAGGUUUCUCCGUUAAAAAGCGCUUGAUCAAAAAAUGGGACAUUCCAGGAUCCAGUCCAAAGUCAGGAUGGCUUCUGCAAUUCUGGGAUGCCCCGUUCAAAUUGGGACGGCUGAGGGGCACACACGUAGCUGAAUCCCAGUGUCACUUUCCCGGUCAUUGUGUGUCAUUAAAAGGAUGCCCAAGACCCAGCUCCCCAGCUCCAUGGGGCAUUGCUACAACAGCUGGCAGAGUGGUACUGGACUUGCCAGAGGUCUCCUUGUUCAGGUACAGCCCAUCAGACUUGGAGACAGCCUUGUGGAGGAGAAGGUAGGAAUUCAGAUUUCUCUUUCUCCUCUUUCCGCACAGUUCAGCACCGGGGGAAGCAACCGGCCAGCAAUCUGGAUCGACACCGGUAUCCACUCCCGAGAAUGGGUCACUCAAGCCAGUGGAGUCUACUUUGCAAAGAAGGUAAGGUAAAGGGACCCCUGACCAUUAGGUCCAGUCGUGGCCGACUCUGGGGUUGUGGUGCUCAUCUCGCUUUACUGGCCGAGGGAGCCGGCGUACAGCUUCCGGGUCAUGCGGCCAGCACGACUAAGCCGCUUCUGGCGAACCAGAGCAGCGCAUGGAAACGCCGUUUACCUUUCCGCCAGAGUGGUACCUAUUUAUCUACUUGCACUUUGACGUGCUUUCGAACUGUUAGGUUGGCAGGAGCAGGGACCGAGCAACGGGAGCUUACCCCAUCGCGGGGAUUCGAACCGCCGACCUUCUGAUUGGCAAGUCCUAGGCUCUGUGGUUUAACCCACAGCGCCACCCGUGUCCCUUGCAAAGAAGGUAUUGGCUGCAAUUUAGUCUCAGAGGCACACAUUUCAGAUGGAGGAAGAAGGGCUCAGAGCUCCAUUGGCAACCGCCGUCCAAGAAUGAACCGCCCAUGUUCAGAGAUGCCAAUGCUGUAAGGAUUUCACAACUUCGUGGCUGCAUAUUCACCACUGAAAGCACCCUUCCCAAAGAAUCAUGGGAACUGUAGUCUCCUGCUUAGAGCUACAAUUCCUGGCACCAUCGUGAACUACAGUUCCCAAGAUUCUUGGGUGUGGGUGGGUUUUAAAUGGUGUGCAUGCACCCAAAUGUGUCCAUGUACUAGGGGCACAGAACCCAACAUCUUCAGAAUGUCAUUGUUUAUUUUCUGCUAGAAGUUUCUACUCCUCAAGGCUGCGGAGAUAGACUUGGUGUGGAAUCUCAGAGGGGGGCACCAGGAUUCUGAGAGAGAAGGAGUGCAGCUUCCAUGUCUUGCAUUGCCUUGUUCUCUUCACAUGGAAAUCCAGAGUGAAGCUGGCUAUCCAAAAGUGCAAAUACAUCCUGGUUGGUUUAUAUUUAUGCCAAUCACAGGAUUCAAGGCUUCCAGACCUGUUUGAUCUCUGAUAAAUUAUUAGUUGCAUUUAUUUAUUUAUUCAUUCAGUUUAUAUCCCAUUCUUCCUCCUGAAGGAGCCCAGGACAGCAACUGACAUACAUAGGCAACAUAUAACAAAAAUAGUAUUAUGAGUUUGUAUUGAACUACUUGAACAGUUUGGUUUGAUUUACUUGCAUGCUGUGGUGUUUAUUGAUAGGAUUAUAUUUAUGGGAAUGCUGAUUGCUAAUUUUAAUGCCCUCUUAUCAUUCUGAGCUCCCUUGAACUCAGUGGUGCUGUCAAAAAAGCAACAUUGAAAUAAUAAAUCAAAUCAAAGGUCUUCUGGAGAAAUUGAUCUCAUCUGUAGUUGUGUUUUCCUUCUCCUAACCAUAACAAACACAUUUCUCGUCUAGAGUAGGUGCUCACUACUUAGCAAACACAGACUAAAUUGAAAAAUAUAUUAUUUAUUAUUUUUAUUAUUACCGCAUUUAUUACCUGCUUUCAACAGCGGGUCCCAGGGUGGGUCGCAAGAAUGUAGAAUUCAGAAUUAAAAACAGCCCCAGAACAGUCACAAGAAUAGGGUGGGUCCUGAAAAUGCACCUGUCAGGUGUCAAUGGCCAAUGUGGUGUAAUGGUUAGAGCACUGGCCUUGGACCUGGGUUCAAAUCCUCCCACUUGGCUAUGUUGCUCACUGGAUGACCUUGGGCCAGUCGCUGCCUGUGGCGAUCACACAGGGCCCCUGGACGUUUGAUGGUCUAUUGACCCUGUGCCGCCACUGCAAUUGCUUUUUCCGCUGCCACCACCCCGUAUCUCACGGGGACACACGGCUGUCCAGUCAGUUGUUAACAAAAACAAAUAAUCAAGUUUAUUUUUAAAUGCAGGAACAAGCUUAUGGUUUCAGUUAAUUUUUCUCUUGUCAGUUUCUUAUUCUUAGUUCCUAACAACUCCAAACUGAUUAUUCCAACUAUCUAUCUGACUCCACCUAACAUUUCCUCUCACUCUCUCACAAUACAACUACAGUAGUGCCUCGCAAGACGAAAAGAAUUUGUUCCGCGAGUCUUUUCGUCUUGCGAUGUUUUUCGUCUUGCGAAGCACGGUCCGUCGCAACUGCGCCUCUUCAAGUGGCUUUAAAAAAAAGCGCAAGACGUUUUCGUCUUGUGAAGCAAGCCCAUAGGGAAAUUCGUCUAGCGAAGCAACGCAAAACCGAAAAACCCUUUCGUCUAGCGAGUUUUUCGUCUUGCGAGGCAUUCGUCUUGCGGGCACCACUGUAUACCAACCCACACCUAAACCUCCCUCUUCCUUCUUCAACUUCCAAACCUCAACUCUCAACUCCCAAACCUCAACCGUCAACCUCAACUGACUUUCAAAACCUCCCACUCUAACUUUUAUUCCCCCCUUGCAUUCCCACUGGCCAAUCACAUCACACCCAUUUUAACCCUUUCCUUAUGUCCCAUCCUAGGAGGCAAACGCCACACUGCCUCUCACCCUAACCGACCUCACAGGGCUGUUGUUGGGAUUAAAUGAGAUGGUGGAGAACCAUUUCUGCCACCUUGAGCUCCUUGGAGGAAAAAAAUGGUGGGUUAUUAAUGAAAGAAAGGAAAGAUGGACGGAAGGGUGGAAACGAAGAGUGUCUUUGUCUUUGUCUGAAGAAGCCAGACACACCUCUGUCUACGAAUGAUGACGGACUCCAAGGCUCUGUCCCUAAGCCCUUCUCUUUCAUCCUGUUCAGAUCCUUGAUGGCUACGGCAAGGAUGCCUCCCUGACCUCCAUCCUGGACAACUUCGACAUCUUCCUAGAAAUUGUCACAAACCCAGAUGGGUUUGCCUUCACCCACUCCAAGGUAUUUCUUUCCCUUUCAAGCCUCUGUGUUCAGAAUGAAGCUGGUAGAUUGAAUUACCACCAACCAUUUAGCUUCAGAAGCAGCUCUGGAAGUUCUGAACUUUGUUGAUGGGCCUUUCCUGGCUGUUGCAGAACCGCAUGUGGAGGAAGACAAGGUCCAAGAACAGCGGGUCAUCCUGCAUCGGAGUAGACCCCAACAGGAAUUGGGACGCAGGAUUUGGAGGUAAAGGCUUUUGCUUCCUCAUCCCCCACCCCGAUGGGGAGGCGUGUACCUUUGUGAGGUCGAGCGGAAUAUGAUUGUCUGAAGGGAUCCAAUGCGCCAUGGCAAAUGAUUUGUUGUUGUUUAGUCGUGUCCGACUCUUCAUGACCCCAUGGACCAGAGCACACCAGGCACUCCUGUCUUCCACUGCCUCCCGCAGUUUGGUCAAACUCAUGCUGGUCUUUUUGAGAACACUGUCCAACCAUCUCGUCCUCUGUCGUCCCCUUCUCCUUGUGCCCUCCAUCUUUCCCAACAUCAGGGUCUUUUCCAGGGAGUCUUCUCUUCUCAUGAGGGGGCCAAAGUCUUGGAGCCUCAGCUUCAGGAUCUGUCCUUCCGGUGAGCACUCAGGGCUGAUUUCCUUCAGAAUGGAGAGGUUUGAUCUUCUUGCAGUCCAUGGGACUCUCAAGAGUCUCCUCCAGCACCAUAAUUCAAAAGCAUCCAUUCUUCGGCGAUCAGCCUUCUUUAUGGUCCAGCUCUCACUUCCAUACAUCAUUACUUGUGCCUAAUUGGGGAUGCUGAUGUGGGGUGGAGCACUAUCACUUGGAGGUAGAGCACACAAAGGUCAUAGUUUCAAUUCCAGCCUCCAGUUAAGAACACAGGAAGCGUUUGUGGGAUCAGGCCUGUUCUCACGGAAGUCACUGAGAUGCCUGCUGGAAAACCUCAAGCAGGACCCUAGCACCCUUGGGGAUUCCCCAGCUGGUUCUUUCCACCACUCUUCUGCGUCCAACCAGUCCAUGACAUUUACCAUAGUCAGUUUCCUGUCAACUCAUUAUGGCAAAAUGCAAAACUUCCAGCCACAGACUCCUAGACUGGAGCUAGAGUUCUCCAGCUUGGGUGGCCAUCUGUCAUGGAGGUUUCAGUUGAGAUUCCUGCAUUGCAGGGGGUUGGACUAGAUGACCCUCAGGGUCCCUUCAAACUCUGCUGUUCUAUGAUUCUCUACCAAAAAUUGAAGUGUGCGUGAUUGGGAGGAUGCAGUGCUUUUUUCUGGGGGUACGCAGACCCCUAAACCAGCAGCUCUCAACUUGUGGGUCCCCAGAUGUUGUUGGACUACAACUCCCAUCAUCCCUGAACUCUGGCCUUGCCAGCUAGGGGUGAUGGGAGUUGUAGUUCAAAAACAUCUGGGGACCCACAGGUUGAGAAAGGUUGCCCUAAACAUUUUGUGAAUCUUUGUACUUUUCUCCAUUUACUGUAUUUAUUUCUUCUGAUUUGAACUAAAAAAUUGUGAUUUUCUUGAGUCAAAAUGAGAGUACCCCUAAACAUUUUUUUAAGAAAAAAAGCACUUGAGGGGAUGAGUGAGCCAUGAUAUUGGUCUCAAACCAACAUUUAACUUUAUCGCGUAGACCUGCCCUUAUCAAUUAAUGGGUUUUUAAUGUCCAAAUCAGCGGGUUAUGGAAGGGUUGCAUCAACAAAGUGCCUUAUCUGAAUUGUUCCUGAUCUACAGCAACCAAUGAAACAGUGCUUUUUUGUGUGCAUUACAGAGGCUGGAUCCAGCGGGAAUCCUUGCACCGAGACCUACCGUGGACCCUACCCUAACUCUGAGCCCGAAGUGAAAGCCAUCGUGGACUUUGUGAAGAGUCACGGCAACAUCAAAGCCUUCGUCUCCAUCCACAGCUACUCUCAACUUCUCCUUUAUCCUUAUGGCUACACCAGCAAGAAAGCAGCUGAUCAGGCGGAGCUGGUAGGACUCCAUGGCUCAGUCCCCUCCCUUAGGGACGCGGUGUCUGUAAGGAACCAGCAGUAGACCCCCAGACUCCAUGGCUCAGUCCCCUCCCUUAGGGACGCGGUGUCUGUAAGGAACCAGCAGUAGACCCCCAGACUCCAUGGCUCAGUCCCCUCCCUUAGGGACGCGGUGUCUGUAAGGAACCAGCAGUAGACCCCCAGACUCCAUGGCUCAGUCCCCUCCCUUAGGGACGCGGUGUCUGUAAGGAACCAGCAGUAGACCCCCAGACUCCAUGGCUCAGUCCCCUCCCUUAGGGACGCGGUGUCUGUAAGGAACCAGCAGUAGACCCCCAGACUCCAUGGCUCAGUCCCCUCCCUUAGGGACACGGUGUCUGUAAGGAACCAGCAGUAGACCCCCAGACUCCAUGGCUCAGUCCCCUCCCUUAGGGACGCGGUGUCUGUAAGGAACCAGCAGUAGACCCCCAGAGGGGUCAACCUGUGCAGCUCCUGCUGAAUCCCCAUUUCAGCUAACUCCACACCCCGACCCACAAGGCUCACCCUUUGUAAGAUCAAAUCACUCCUCCACCUCACCACUCAGCUGGAGUUGGGUCACUGCCCCACGUUCUCCAAUGGACUUCCCCUUCCAAAAGCUGGAGAAUGAAUCCCAAGCUAUCAGGGAACCGUCUCCCAUCACUGAUAAAACCUCAGCUGGCCAUUCUGAACUACUAAAAAGCCGUCACUUCUGACAGCAGCUGAAUGAAACCCAAAGUGAUGGGUGUGUCUCUAGAGUGACCUCUUUAGAACAAGAGGGGUAAGAAGAAAGAGAAGCACACCUGGGAGACAGCAUAUAAGGUGUGUUGCUUCUUGCGAAGUACCACCAAAGCAGGAGGACAUACAAAGAUAGGGACCCCAAGCAUGAAAACAUUUCCUGUAGAGAAAGAGGAGCUGGCCUAGCACAGAAAGCAGAAAACUGUGUAAGGAAAAAGUGCAGAAAUUAAAAUACAAUGGUACCUCGGGUUAAGAAAUUAAUUCGUUCCGGAGGUCCAUUCUUAACCUGAAACUGUUCUUAACCUGAGCUAAUGGGUCUUCCUGCUGCCGCCGUGCCACCACCGCACGAUUUCUGUACUCAUCCUGAAGCAAAGUUCUUAACCCGAGGUACUAUUUCUGGGUUAGCGGAGUCUGUAACCUGAAGCGUCUGUAACCUGAAGAGUAUGUAAACCAAGGUACCACUGUAAAGGUAAAGGGACCCCUGACCGUUAGGUCCAGUCGUGAUCGACUCUGGGGUUGUGGCGCUCAUCUCGCUUUAUUGGCCAAGGGAGCCGGCGUACAGCUUCCGGGUCAUGUGGCCAGCAUGACUAAGCCGCUUCUGGCAAACCAGAGCAGCGCACGGAAACGCCAUUUACCUUCCCACUGGAGCUGUACCUAUUUAUCUGCUUGCACUUUGACGUGCUUUCAAACUGCUAGGUUGGCAGGAGCAGGGACAGAGCAACGGGAGCUCACCCUGUCGGGGGAUUCAAACCGCCGACCUUCUGAUCGGCAAGCCCUAAGCUCUGUGGUUUAGACCACAGCGCCACCCGCUGAAGGGGGUAAAUUCUCCCCCCACAAGCCUGCAUCUCUUAGGUCACCUUUGUUAUGUAGCAGUUCUCAUCCCAUGCGUUUGACCUUUCUAGAUCUCACGUUUUCUUCCUCUCCUUCUGCCCCUUGUUCCCUUCCAGGACGCUCUUGCUCAGAAGGCAGUCGAAGCCCUUACUUCUCUCCAUGGAACCAAAUACAGAUAUGGUAGCAUCAUCACCACCAUCUGUAAGUGACCAAACUUGUGAAAACAACUGUGGUCCUCCAAGCCGCCAGGGGGCAGUCAACUAUUUUGAAUUGAACUCUACCUUCUCUUAGAGUAUAGUUUUCUAUGGAGGUUGCAGUACUGGUGAUGCUCCAAUGCACAUCAUAGAAUUGGAAGGGACCCUGAGAAUCAUCUAGUUCAACCCCCUGCAAUGCAGGAAUAGGCAGCUGUCCCUUACGGGAAUUGAACCUGCGACCUUGCCAUUAGCAGCACCAUGCUCUAACCAACUGAGCUAUCCAGGUGAUAUACCAUCGAACUGUUAAUAUGCUGUGCUACUUGGCUGAAGACUGGCAGGGCCAGUUGUAGAUGCAGCAGUUAAUGAGUACAGAUGGGCAGGAAUCAGGACAGAACUGGUAUUUACAGUACACAGUAUGGUCUAUUCACAAAAUAUGGCUUUCCUGGACAUAAGUCUUUUCUACAAAUUUUUUUAGGCCAAAUGCAACCGCAUUCAUUUAGGCUACGCCUGCAAGAUUCAUAUGUGGCUGCUCUGUACAGGUGAAAAACUAGAGAUUCCUGUGUAACGCUUAAUUUGCUGACAUUUUGCUAGGAGAAAAGAGGUUAGAAGGAGCGUGUGGAAGGGACUUGGUUGGGGAGAGAUGGAUUACAGAAGACCCAAGAGAGAAAUUCCCAUCCUCUGGAUACCAGAAACAUCUGACUUUCUCUGGCUUUGAAAAGCUUCUCUUAAAAGUCUCUCCUACACGAUCCAGGUUUGAUUCAUAACCAUGAAGACUAGAAACCCACUUGCUUUUUAGAAUGCUGAAUGUGCUUCUUAAGGCAUCACACUUUUAUUAUUUCUGAAGUCAAAUGUAUUCCUAGAUGAGAUAGCAAACAACCCAGAGUCCCCCCUCUAAGCAGGUGUGUUGAACUGGGUCCAAGCCUUAUGUCAGCUGUGAACAGCUUGGAUGCCAAGCUGCCUAUUAAAGAGGAUUAACAGAGUCUACCCUUUACUUUCAACCAGAACCUCAGCAGUAACGCUGAGUUUCAAAGCAUGCACAGGACGGAAAUUAAACUUUUCCAGACGGGAAGAGUAGCAAGAGUUGUAUAGAAGAGAUGUGAUGCGGUUGCUUUCUUUUGUGUACCCAUUUCCUUGAUCUAGACCAAGCAAGUGGUGGAACCGUCGACUGGACCUACGAACAAGGCAUCAAAUACUCGUACACCUUUGAGCUGCGAGACACGGGCCGUUACGGGUUCAUGCUCCCUGCCAGCCAAAUCAUCCCCACCGCUGAGGAGACAUGGCUGGCCCUGAUGGUCAUCAUGGAACACACACGAGAUCACCCCUAUUAG